UUCACACCUUUUCUCUCUUUUUAUUAUUAUCUUAAAUUUUCUUUCUUUUUUUUCUCUCUCUCUCCCUCCCUCCGCGUACAGGGAAACUCUUAGAAGAAAAUGUAGAUUCUCAUUCCCCAGCCUAAGAUUAAAAAAAUAACUUAUGAACUGGUCGGUUUUACAUGGAAAGCAUUAAACUGUGUUCUCUUCGAUGUCAUCAUGAAGCAUCUUCGGUUACUCACAACUUCCCUGCUUGAAUUUCACGUUUUCUUUAGGCUUCUCCAUCUGGGUUUUGUCUAUUAGUUUCUUCCAAUGGCAACUGUUGAAGACAUCGAGAAGGGCCACCAUCACCAUCAUCAGCAGCAUCGUCACAUUUCUUCAUCACCAACAACAACCAGCAAUUUACCGCGAGAUCUGUUGAAGAGAUUCAUGGCGGUGAACAAUCAGCAUCACAACUUGCCUUUGCCAGUGGCGAAGCAAGACGAGGAGGAAAUAGAGUUAAGUCUUGGGCUUUCAAUGAAUGGUCGAUUUGGGGUGGACCCAACAGCGAAGAAGAUAAAAAGAACUUCAUCGAUUCCUGAGUUUGUGAAGAACGCGAGGGAUGAGGAAGUGGGGUAUGGGGUUGCGGUGGGUAUCGCUAUCAACCCUUUGAUGAGGACUUGUUCUCUGCCAACCGAGACAGAGGAAGAGUGGAGGAAGAGGAAGGAGUUGCAGACGCUGAGGAGAAUGGAAGCCAGGAGAAAGCGUUCUGAGAAGCAGAGGAACUUGAAGGCUAUGAGGGAACGUGCUUUUGCUGCAGAAGGGAGUAAUCCGGUUGAGCAAGGUGCUGGAGGGUUCAAUGAGGUUGCAACUAGCUUGGGGCGAACCGUGUCGUUGACCACUCGCGUUUCUGGACUUGGUUUGAAUGGUGACAAGGAAAAGGAGAAGGGUAGUGGGGUGGCGUUAGCAACUCCAUCGCCACCUUCACAGGGUUCCGUUGGUUCUUCGGGGAUCUCAGAACCUGAGAGUCAACAAGGUCAAGGAACAACUCCAGUGGAGGCCAGAAGCCCUGUUGGUGCCAACUUGCUGCUGGACAGUGAACUGAAAUCUUCAGUCCCCUUAGGAGCUAGAGUUGCAGAGAACUCAAACAAGAGUGAUGCUGGGAAUCAGCCGAACAAACACUCAUCACCUGAAAACAGAACUAAAGACAUUGUGAAGAACUUGUUGGAAGACAUGCCUUGCGUAUCCACCAAGGGAGAAGGCCCUAAUGGAAAAAGGAUAGAAGGUUUUCUUUAUCGAUAUGGGAAAGGUGAGGAAGUGCGGAUUGUUUGUGUUUGUCAUGGUAGUUUUCUUAGCCCUUCUGAGUUUGUCAAGCAUGCUGGUGGUGGUGAUGUAGCAAAUCCAUUGAAGCAUAUUGUUGUUAGUCCAAGCUUUUCGUAAGUCAAGCUAGACUAAGAGAAAGAAGAGUGGUGAAAUUUUUAUGCUGCCGAUUCCUAUGUUCACUCUCGAGACUCAUCUCUAUCUCUCUCUUCAUGAGAUGUUCAUGUUAGUCUUUGAAACUAUAUAUAGAUAAUACAUUAUGGAGCAUUUGAUUUCUUUGUUAAUCAGGUAUUUCUUCCCUUGUUCUUGAGGUAGUGACUGAAGAACAUGAGGGCCAAUGAUAUUUUGAUGAAAGGAUUAAACUGAUGUUU